AUGUCGACCAGAACAUAUAGGGAUGCUAUUGACAAUCUCAACACCCUCCAGUCUAAUGCUGCAACACUCGAUGCGGCUCGUGCCAACGGAGGUCGGAUAAGCAAAGUCGCGAUACCGGAGAUGUUGGAGUACCUGGGAAGGAUUGGCUACACCGCCUCUGACUUGAACCGGCUUAAUGUCGUACAUAUCACCGGAACGAAAGGAAAAGGAUCAACGUCUGCGUUCACGGACUCAAUUUUGCGUAGAACCAUGCCCCAGUGGAAAGUUGGACUGUACACCUCCCCCCAUUUGGUCGCCGUCCGUGAGCGUAUACGCAUAAAUGGUGCUCCGCUCUCCGAGGAAGACUUUGCUAAAUUUUUCUUCGAGGUUUGGGACAAGCUAGAGCAGAAUGACACUCGAGCAAAUCCUGAAACGUCGCGGAUGCCAGCUUACUUCCGCUUUGUUACGCUGGUCGCCUAUCAUGCGUUUUUGACACUGAAGGUCGAUGCUACCAUUUUGGAAGUCGGUGUCGGCGGAAUGUACGACAGCACCAACAUUGUCCCAAGACCCAUUGUCACUGGUGUUUCCUCGCUUGGCCUUGACCACACUACUCUGCUCGGAAAGACACUUGGAGAGAUAGCUUGGCAGAAAGGUGGUAUCUACAAGGAAGGUGUUCCUGCACUUACAGUGGACCAGCCUGAAGAGGGGAUGGCAGGCCUGAAGCAGCAAGCAGUGGACCGGAAGGCUUCUGAAUUUGUUGUCGUACCACCAACGCCAGCGCUAUCAAGUAUCAAGCUAGGCUUAGCGGGAUCUCAUCAAUACCAGAAUGCUAAUCUCGCUGUGCACCUCGCAAAAUUCUUCUUACAUGCACAAGCUGGCAUGCAAGAGAACACGCUUAGCGAGGCAUUUGUUGAAGGUCUGAAGAAUACAAAAUGGCCUGGCCGAUGUCAGACUGUAUCAGAUCCGAAGCGUGCCAAUCUCACCUGGUUUUUGGACGGCGCACACACAAAAGAAAGUCUGGAAUGUUGCAUGCAAUGGUUUGUCAGCCCUGACGCCGCACUAAGGGCAACCGGUGCUGAGACGAGAGCGUCCCGAGUGUUUAUCUUCAACUGCACUAAUGGACGCUCCGGAAACACGCUCCUGGACAUCGUUAACAAGGAGAUCACAACUCAGCUACACCUCUUUGGAAAUCAAAUCGAGGCGGCCACCUUCUUCGACCAUGUUGUGUUUUGCACUAACGUGACUUAUUCGGACGGCGGAUUCAAGGGCGACUUGACGACCUACGCUAUUCCUACGAAUGACCUUGCGCACUUACAGACACAGCAUGAUCUUGCAUCGGCAUGGUCAUCUCUUGUACCAACCUUCCCUUCUGAGAACAUCCAUAUCCUCCCAUCCAUCGAACACGCCAUAAAUUUAGUUCAACACCUCCAUUCUGGGCCAACUGAACCCGUCGAUGUUCUCGUGUCCGGAAGCUUGCACCUCGUUGGUGGAGUGAUAGAAGUGGCUGGUCUCUCUGAUGUAGCGCUCUGA